AUGGAUAUGGAAAUUAAAGAAUUCGAUAAGUUAUCUGGUUUUCGUAUACAAUGUACCAAGGAUUUACUUUUGAAGGGAAGUUUAAGUGCUAUAGUUGGAAUGAUACUUGGGAUAAUGUGUUCACUGAUUGUAAACUGUACACUUGUUGAGGUUUCUUUAUCAAGAUUUUUUUCUAUGUAUUUUGGUAUAUUAUUUAUUGUAGUCGGUAUGAUAAUUUUUUGGAGAUUAAAUGCCAAUGUGACUGAUGAAGCAGAAGGUCGUAAAAAUCAACUUAUGAUUUUAUCAGGAUUGAUAAUUUUUUCUGGUAUUCUUUGCUUUUUUUUUGAUCGCUCUUGGCUUUUUUCCUUAUCACCCUUGACAAAAGUUCCCAUAUAUUGUAUCUUGGGAAUUAGUAUAUCUUUUGCCUUAACAUUUAGUUUAAUCGAUUUGAUAAAUUACUUAAUAGGUUUUAUUCAAGGGUCCAUAACCAGACCUUUGAUUGAGUCAGUUGCCCAAGUAUAUAUGAUAUUACUAUUCACCAUUACCAUGGGUGGAAUAUUUGGUUUUAUAUUUGGAUUGUUAGAUGUAGAAGAUGAAUCGUCUCAUCAUAUUCGUUUAGCUUUGAUGAAGGCUGAAAAUUGUUGUUUUCCUCUAGGAGCAGUUUUAGGAGGAAUAGCCGGAUUUGGUAAUGAAGUUUUUAGACAACAAAGUGAAGCAUACAAAAUAGAAAAUGUUACCGAAUUUGACGAUGAAGUGUGA